AUCUCGAAAAAUCCUUGGUUCAUAUUUUUGUUGCUGUCGAUUCUACGGUGUUCCUUGAAUAAAGUGUCCAGAUGGCGAUUUCGCAAUGUUUGGUGGCGGCACCCCGCGCAGAAAGUUUCCGCUGCGAUAUGACGGCCGGGCCGUGCCCCUCUGCUUGCCAUCUGUCAGCCCAAUAGUGUCGGGGACGCACACAAAAAAUUUCCACUCAGCCGGUCAAGUGAGGAAGAGGGGAGAAGCUCGUUUCCAGAGGCUCAGAGUUCAACCUGACUGGAUGCAGCUGAGAAAGCUGCAAGUGCUGCGUCGAGGGACCAGGACGUCAUUCUGGAAGGUCGAAGGGUCCGUUCGGGUCUUGUCACCGGUGAACGCAAUGAGCACGUCGACGAGGCUAGCGUUUGGAAAAGGCCACCUCAAACCCCAACAAGUCUCUUUUGGCUUCUCUCAGCCUGAUCUUCUGAGGAGAAGCGCCCACUCUGCGGCUGGAAGGAGGAGAACGUUCUCCUUUUCUCUCAGGUGGCGUCUGGGCAUUGUGCGAGGGAGGACAAAAGAUGAGGGCCCGUACGCAAAAGGAAGCAAGCAGUCCGGGCCAUCUGACCAAUCCCAUUUCUCCCAGCGGCGCAGCCUUUCAGAAGAGUACCGAGGAGUGACCACGGUGGAUCUGAUGAAAAGGGAAGGCAGCAACCUCGGGCUCACCAUCUCCGGGGGCUCCGAUAAGGAUGGCAAGCCCAGAGUGUCAAACCUACGGCCAGGUGGGCUGGCUGCCAGGUGUGACCAACUGAAUGUAGGAGACCACAUUAAGUCAGUGAAUGGCAUCAAUCUGCGCAAGCUUCGCCACGAUGAGAUUAUCAGCCUUCUGAAGAACAUCGGGGAGCGCGUUGUCCUGGAGGUGGAGUACGAGCUGCCUCCGUUACUCCAGACUCCAUCGGGAGUCAUAAGCAAAACCACAGAGGUGUGUUUGCUCAAAGAGGGCAACAGUUUUGGCUUUGUCAUGAGAGGGGGCUUUCAUGAGGACUGGCGCAGGUCUCGUCCUCUGGUGGUCACUCAUGUCAGGGCCGGGGGUCCCGCUGACAGGGAGGGCACAGUCAAGGCCGGCGACAGAAUCUUGAGCCUCGACGGCAUGCCUUUAAACCGAGAGAAGCAUGCUGACGCGUUGACCAUGCUGAUGCAGAGCAGCCAGGAAGCUUUGUUCCUGAUCGAGUACGACAUCUCUGUCAUGGAGGCGGUGCAACGCGCCUCGGGCCCUCUGCUCGUGGAGAUAGCGAAAGGGACCUCCUCCGGUCUGGGCCUCAGCCUCACCACGUCCAUCUUCAGGAACAAGCAAGUGAUCAUCAUCGACAAGAUCAAGCCGGCCAGCGUGGCCGAAAGGUGCGGAGCGCUGCACGCAGGCGACGCCCUGCUGACGAUCGACGGAACCAGCACGGAGCACUGCUCUCUGAUGGAGGCCUUGCAACUUCUGGGGAACGCCGCCGAUGUGGUCAGACUGGAAAUCCUACCAUCCAGUCAGAGCAGACUGCCCGUCCGGCCGCAAGACACGGUAAAAGUCCAGAAGAGCAGCCAUCAUCACUGGGACCAAAGCGGCAACGUGGUCCCGCCACCGCACGCCAGCCACGGUAGGACGUGGAGCAGCCCGAGCCACCCGCGCAAGCAGCAGGAUCACUGCAAACCCGCAUCGGGCUUCGGCAGCCAGGGGAGCAGCACGCUGCCCUGCCCCGCCGCGCCCACCAGCCCGAGGACCUCGACCGGCAAGAGGCGCAACAGGAAGGGGGACCACAAGAGCUCACUGUCGCUGGCAUCCAGUUCCGUGGGGCCGGGGGGCCAGGUUUUUCACGCGGAAGCGAGCGAGGUCGUCCUGAGGGGGGACCCGCUGACAGGCUUUGGGAUCCAGCUGCAGGGGGGCGUCUUCGCCACAGAAAGUCUUUCGGCUCCUCCCGUCAUCCGCUUCAUCGAACCGGACAGCCCGGCCGAGAGGUGCGGCUUGAUCCAGGUCGGCGAUCGACUCUUAUCCAUUAAUGGCAUCCCAACGGAAGACGGCACUUUGGAGGAGGCCCAUCAGCUGCUCAGAGACUCGGCUCUGGCCAAUAAGGUCACCGUGGAGGUUGAGUUUGAUGUGGCAGAGUCCGUGGUUCCGAGCAGCGGUACUUUCCACGUCAAACUACCCAAGCGAAGAGGAAUGGAGAUGGGCAUCACCAUCAGUGCAAGUAAGAAGUCUGGCAAGCCGCUCAUCAUCUCUGACAUCAGAAAAGGAAGCGUAGCCCACAGAACGGGCACCCUGGAGCCCGGAGACAGACUGCUGGCCAUCGACGGCGUGCGUCUUGAGGACUGCACCAUCGAGGAUGCCACGCAUGUCCUGGAUCAAGCCGAAGACAUGGUCAAGCUGCGAAUACAGAAAGACGAGGACAACAUCGAUGAGCUGGAGAUGUCCGGUUCCAUCGUCUACACGGUGGAACUCAAGCGAUACAACGGCCCCCUGGGGAUCACCAUUUCGGGCACGGAGGAGCCUUUUGACCCCGUCGUCAUUUCGGGGCUAACCAAGAAAGGCCUGGCCGAGAGGACGGGGGCCAUUCACGUCGGCGACCGCGUGCUGGCCAUCAACGGGGUCAGUCUGAAAGGCAAAACGCUGAGCGAGGCCAUCUACCUCCUGCAGACGGCCGGGGAGUCGGUCACGCUCAAGAUCAAAAAACAAGCGGACCGCGCGCAGCCGUCGCCUCCUUCUCAUGAAUACGACGGCAGGCGAGCUGUGGACAGAGAAGCCGGCUUCCUGAGCGACCUCGAGGACGAACUGAGGGACUCGCAGAGAACGGGCAAACGCUCGGAGAUGUACUCGGCCGCCGUGCCCAGCGUGGACUCCGCGAUGAGCUCCUGGGACGGUUCGGGAUGCGACGGCGGCUACGGGAGCCAAGCGACAUAUCUUCACAAAGACGCCUUCCUCCAUCCCAACGAAUGGAGGAGAAGCAAGUACAGGAGCCCGAUCGGGUCCAGCGCCGCGGGACUGGCGCAGCGCUACGACGAGGACGACUGGGACAACGUGCCCGGAUUCCUCAGCCCCCCUCAUUGCCACGGCACCCCCAAUCAGGAGGAUAGCUUCUGGUCGCAGGCUCUGCGGGACCUGGACACUCGCGGCCAGUCGGAAAUCCUCCGGGAGCUGGAGGCAUCGAUGUCAGGCAGCGCUUUUAGCCUGUACCUCGACGAGACCAAGACGGAGGACGACUCGAUGUUCCCGUCCGAAAUAAGUCCCGUUAAGCGAGAGGAAACCAAAGCGGCGCCAAAGGACACAAGCGGCCUCAACGUGGUGAGCGGAGGUGGCGCAGGCUCAAACAGUUUACCUUCGCUGAGCGCGGCCCCGCGCGAGGUGGUGAUCAGAAAGGACCCCGAGAGCGGCGACUUUGGAUUCAGCGUGUCGGACGGGCUGCUGGAAAAGGGAGUUUUUGUCAACCUGAUCCGCCCUCACGGCCCGGCCGACCGGGCGGGCCUGAAGCCUUACGACCGGAUUCUUCAGGUGAACCGCGUGCGGACCAGAGACUUGGACUGCUGUCUCACCGUGCCCCUCAUUAUGGAGGCGGGAGCCAGUCUGGAUCUGCUCAUCGGCAGGAAUCCCGCGGAAACGGGCCACGCCGAGGGUCCGCGCGCUGAGCGCGACCGCCCUUCCCUCUCGCUGCUCUGCUUUUCGCAGCGCCGCACCGACAGCGUUGCGCUGUGAGCGCACAGACACACGCCCAAGUAGGUCCCGCGGGUCACGUUGCAGCUGCCGGACGUUGGCAGCAUCCCCGGCACGAGCGGUGUUAAUCGCCAUGUUCACAUGACGUUUUCGGGCGCGUCCGCUCCUUCCCCAGCAGCACAUUUGCAAGCGUCUGUAACGCACACGCAGCAUCCGACGAGUUCUUGAGUUGACUUUGUCCCCGCGAGCGCGCACUUGACGGCUUCUGUGUUCACGCGUGCACAGGGUGGGAGCACAUUUGGGCUCAGGGUUGCAUUCAGGGGUUAUUUUCUUGGCUCACUUGCCGUGUUUCCGUCGCCAAGGGCGGCGGUCCUUGGCGACGUCCUCCCUCCCCAAAUAGAAUUCUCACGGCCACCGGCCAAGCGUCGUAAAAGGUUACGUUACACGACAUUAUAUAUAAAUAUGUAUUUGUUAAUCUGAUGAAUGCUUGCGAAGACGUGAGCCUUUUCCCGCGGACGUCCUUGGGAGGGAUUACCGCCAGCAUUGCGUUCGGAUUGUUUUGCGUUUUUCACUACGUUGCCAAUAUUGCCACGUGCACGUUUACACUUGAUGGGAAUUCACGGAUUUGAUUUCACUUAUGGCUGUUUUCAGUUUUUUGUUUUGUUUGGUGGUGGUGGGGGGGGGUAGCGACCACCACCUUGGCCCCGUGUUGUUGGUACGACCUCAGCCAAGUGACUUAUUAACUACGAGAAGCCCCGGUGUCAUGUCUUGUUUACCUCCAUGGGGUUGUUGUGAGCGUACUCCUCCGCUCGAACUCAAAGCAUCGGCGUCCCGCGGCGGGCCUUCCGGUCUCAUGCGAGCGCUAGCACGUCAACUCUUCUUCGUCAAAUGAACAAAUGUCGCCAGAGGUCUAUUUUUAAAAGCUUCCGAGAGGAAUCCGAUCUUCUGAUGCUCGCAGUCUCUCUUUUGCUGUAAAGUCACUGUUUUUAGUCCUCAUACAAGCAUGUCAAAAUGAUUGCCGUCAGUUGCAAGACUGAAUGGGCUGUUUUAUUUGCAUAGUGUCUUUUUUUUUUUUAAUAAAAAUGUUAAAA